UCAAAUGAGCUGCGAGCAGCUGCACUUCGUCAUGUGAAGCAGCAUGGAGGUGGUUAUGUGGAGAUUCCUCAUGGACCUGCACCAGUCAACGAGUAUUCCAAUCCAGAUCUAUUUCCAAUGAUUUAUCCUACAUUGUUCCCUUAUGGUCUCGGAGGAUUUGAACAAUCUGUUCGCAUGUCGAAGAUCGGGAUGAGCAGGCAUGCAAAACAUCUAUUCUCUUUGGCAGAUCGACGUUUCCAGGAACAUUAUUCGUUUUUGUUUUCUGUAUUUAACGUGUUACAGCGCAGAGAACUGUUGUUACAUACCAGUCUAAGAGUUAAGCGGUCCAAUUUUCAUUCAGCAGCCCGUAAGUUUGCUUCAGUUUCUCCGGAGACAGUU